CAAACAGUGUUUGCAUUCAAUUAAUUGUGUUUUUCAUUAUUUGGUUGUUUUUGUUGUGUUUUGAUGUGUUGUUUGACUCAAUGCUGUGGAAAAUGUCCAAUAGUCUAGUGCUGAAGAUUAUCUCGUCGUCCAUCAAUAUCUCAAAACAGGCCGGAGUUAUAGUACGGGAUGUGAUGAAGACCGGGGAACUCGCCGUUGUCGACAAAGGAAUCAAUGAUCUCCAGACAGAAGCCGAUAGGAGAGCCCAGAACUGUAUUAUCACUUCGCUGUCCAAACAGUUCCCGAAGAUAGCGAUCAUCGGUGAAGAGACAUUAGACCCGAACGAUAAGAUCGACGACAAGUGGAUUGUCAACACUUUUGACGAAUCGGUGUUCGCACACAAGUGUCCCGACGAUUGGCUUAAUGUUGCCGAUGAAGACAUAGUCGUAUGGGUGGACCCAUUAGACGGCACGAGCGAAUAUACUCAGGGACUUCUCGAUCACGUGACUGUUCUGAUCGGUGUAUCAGUGAAAGGCCACGCCAUCGGUGGUAUAAUUCAUCAGCCAUUCUAUAACUAUAAGAGACCGAUUACUCGAAGUUGGGUCGAACCAUAUGGGGUUAGUAAGCACGAAGAGGUUGAGGACAAACAGGGUUGGGUCAGCCGUCAGUUCAGCCGCCGAUACGCUCUGCCCGAAGAGUACGACUCGGAUCUGUUGAACUCGUCGCUGACCGCCGAUGGAGUGCUGGUUAUCGAAGCGCCGGUUAUUAAACCUGUCCGACGCGUGACCACUGGUGAACGCGUUGUACCCAUUACUCACACCCAUCACAUCACUCGCAACGGUUCCAAAUAA